GGCUUAAAACUCUUUUUAGACCUUCACAAAACUCAUAAAGGAGAAAGAAAAAAAGAGGUUGAAAAACAAUGGCUCAUCGUUUAGCAACCUUAAACCCUCCAAAAACCCUAAACACUACUAACCCUCAAUCUAUCAACCAACCAAGAUUUGCAUUCUCACAAACAGCAACCUCAAAGAUUACAAAAUUCAAGAAAUACCCAACAAUCACUUCAUCUACUAUGUCAAACCAGCAGCAAAAUCCAGUACCCCUUGUAGCCUUAACCAAUAAUGACCACAAGGAAGAAGUAAUGAGCUCUAUCAAAAGUUCUAUAUCUAAUUGCUUAUCUGAAACUCAUCUUGAUUUAACUGUACCUGCACUCAAGUCCAAAAUUAGAGGCAAGGUUAGAGAUAUAUAUGAUGGAGGGGAUUAUCUUGUAUUGGUGACAACUGAUAGGCAAAGUGCAUUUGACAGAAUUCUUGCUUCCAUCCCCUUCAAAGGCCAGGUUCUUAAUGAGACAAGUUUAUGGUGGUUUAAUAAAACUCAACAUAUUACCCCUAAUGCAGUGGUAUCGGUGCCUGAUAGAAAUGCAACUAUUGCGAGGAAAUGUUCGGUUUUUCCUGUUGAAUUUGUGGUAAGAGGAUAUGUUACUGGAAGCACUGAUACAUCACUCUGGACAGUCUACAAUAAAGGGGUUCGGAAUUAUUGUGGCAACAGCCUUCCAGAUGGCUUGAUGAAAAAUCAAAAGCUUACGGAAAAUAUACUUACUCCGACAACUAAAGCAGCAGAUCAUGAUGUUCCUGUAACACCAGAUGAGAUAGUUCAACGUGGUCUUAUGACUCAAGCUGAUUAUGAUGAAGUGAGUAGGAAGGCAAUGAGCUUAUUUGAGUUUGGCCAGCGCGUAGCACUGGAUCAUGGUCUGAUAUUGGUGGACACCAAAUAUGAAUUUGGGAAGGGACCUGAUGGUCAGAUUUACCUGAUUGAUGAGGUGCAUACGCCCGACUCAAGCAGGUACUGGAUUGCUCAUUCUUACCAGGAGCGCUUUCAGAAUGGUCUUGAGCCUGAAAACAUCGACAAGGAAUUUUUGAGGCUGUGGUUCAAAAAUCAUUGCAACCCAUACGAGGAUGAGGUCUUGCCUGACGCUCCAGAAGAACUUGUUUCCGAAUUAGCUUGGCGGUAUAUUUUCUUAUUCGAGACAAUAACAAAUUCAAGAUUCGAGAUGCCUGGGGAAAAGGAGCCAGUUCAUGAUCGAAUCUCGAGAAAUGUUUCACAGGCUUUAUCAUCAUUGCAGUAACAUCAAGUAGGAGAGCAUCUUGUAUAAGUUUUUUGAGGUGGAAUAAAUAUUUUCUGCGGUGAUCUCUGAUGAAUUGUAUUUUAAGCUUGACAUCUUAUGAAGUUAGUCAAUGUUGUAAUGCUAUGUAACUCACAUAUCAGCAAUUAUGCAUCAACCCUGAGUAAGUUGGGGUCCAUAAAGUGACUAGUUUUAUUUGUAACCCUCUUGGUCUACUCAGGCUUAUGAUCGGCAAAGUGAGCAAGCUCACGCAGUUAUGUGGUGCGAUCUAAUAUCUGCUUGCUAAUUUAUAUCUGAGCACUUCUAUGA